AUGAGCAAUAACGAUGACGAUUCCGAAGCCCGAACAGCAGCAAGGGCUAUACAAUUUGAUGGAGAUUUGGAGCAUGUGCAAUCACUGAUCUCCUCACGGUUGGAAAAACUUUCUAGGAGCCAAAUAUUCAAGGCUUACAGCGACAUUCAUGGAACUUCAGAUGAUAUUGAAGGAACAUCUGAAAUGAUCACAACGACCCUCCAACAGAUGGAGGAGAGUAUAGCAUCAAUCCCCAAAAGACAAGCAUACGACCGGGCAAAAGCAAUGGAUCCCGCGUAUGUCGAGAGCUCUCAGCUGCGUCUUCGAUUCCUUCGAGGAACUGGAUUCAAACCAAAGCCUGCUGCUGAAAAGCUGGUCCGCUUCUUUGAAAUCAAGCUGGAGUUUUUUGGCAGCCGCAAUUUGGUAAAGGAUAUUCAGCAGAGUGACUUGAAACAGAAGGAUCGCGACUAUCUGUAUUCGGGUCAUAUUCAAUGGGUCCCAUUGAAAGACAACAGUGGCCGACUUGUAACUAUCAUGUACCCUGGUCCGAAAGAGCGAGGAGUGACCCUCGGGUCUUUGCUUCGGGUGGCAUUAUACUUGCGCAUGGUGGCAAUCGAAGAUGUACAGAUCCAGCGAAAGGGCUUUGUUUUUGUGCUCUCUGCGGCAGAUAUAGGACGUGGGCUUGAUCUCGAUCUACCCAAGGUGAAACGAUAUGUUGAGAGAUUCAUUGAGAUUCACAAUGCUAUGCCUGGGACGCUGAAGGCACUACAUAUUGUUUGUGCUGAGAAUCACCGAUCCUUCAACCAAUAUAUCUUUGCCAUGAUGAGUCAGUUUAUGCUACUAGCAUUGAGGCCUUCAGAAGUCGCUCGAGUCCGCAUUAAGAAAGAUUGCUCCCAAUCGGAAAUUCAAGAGUAUCUGAUCCAGUUUGGGAUACCUGAGGACCAGAUUCCUCCUUCGAAUGACACGACUGCAUAUACUGCCCUUUUGACCCAACGGAAGGAGCUUGAACAAUUGCGACAAUCGAAUCAACGAAUUUUUCGUGUAAACAAUAGUGUAGAGUCGGUGUGUAUGCCCAGUCCAUUCGAUGUGAUCUCGGGUCGAGGUCGCAGUCUCAUGGGACAUCAUGGGAAUCGAAUCUUGCGCAAUUUGGUAGAAGAACACAUGGAGACAUAUGAAGCAGCAAGUCGACAACACAAGAAGGUAGUCUCAUCGGAGGUCGUCGAUCUGAUCAAGAAGAAGGGAAGGUUCCUGAGGGAACACCUGCAUGGAUGGGUGGAGAUUGAUACUGAGGCAGCUCGAAUGAAGGUCUCUCAUGCGUUCAGAGACUUUCGAGCAUCAUCAAAGAAAACCUUUGGAAAGGAUACCAAAGAGAAGGAUGAUGUGGGGUAUAUCAUUGACCAUGAUGGUAUUGGGUCCUUCGAAUUUGACAGUAGUGAUGGUGAAGAUGAUGGCGGUCUCUUUUCGAUUUAA